CGCCAUCUGGAGAGCAGUGGGCGUUAAAGAGCGAAGCAAACUCUCUCACACGGGAAGCAGCAUGGAUGGGAAAGGCCAACGCUCAUGACAGCUACAUAUAAACGGGAGGAAAAACCUUUAUAUUAGAAGUAUGGUAGAUUCAAGCGGUCACCAGAAAGACUGGUACUCAAUACUUGGCGCCUGUCCAACAGAUGACAUCCAAGAACUGAAACAGAAGUAUCAGAAGCUCAUCCUCAUGUUUCACCCGGACAAGCAGAGGCCCGGCGUAUCAGAAGACGCAGCGGAGCAGCACCUGCAGAGGUUCAUUGACGUUGACCAAGCUUGGAAGGUCUUGAGUAAUGAGGAGAGCAGGAAGGAGUACAACCUCCAGCUACGGGCAAAUGAACUGAAACAGAGCUGGCCAGUGGACGCUCAUAUAACCCUCGACAACAUGAACUGGGAUUGUGACACUGAGAGUUAUACGUAUAGCUGCCGCUGUGGAGGAGAAUUCAUCUUAGAGAAGGAUGACUUUAGAGAAAUGGAAACAGUUGUGUGCUGUGAUUCCUGUUCACUCAGCAUCGAAGUUAAGAAGGUUACAUGACACUUUUGGAAAUGUUCAGCAAAAUUCUUACUGGACUAUUAUUAUUAAAAUGGGACAUAUUCUAUGGACACAUUUUGAUUUUAACAGGAAUGCAAUGCGGCAGCAAUAAGGAAUGAUUUGUUUAUUAAAUAUUUAUUCAUGAAUUAAAAAGAGAUAUCUUUCUUAAUGUUCUUUUAAUGGGCUCCACAUAGAUGUUGAAAUCAACCACAUUGUAAAAUCCUUCCCAUUAUCCAUUUCUUUUCUUGUGUAAGGGCACAAAAAUUUAAUUCACAUGUACCUUACAGCCAAGUUCAUCACCAAAUAACCAUUGAUUUGGGUCACGCUAGGCUCUCACUGUCUCAGAAAGCACUUUGGUUGUUUCCUCUGAGCUAGACGUGCUCUUUUACGAACCAGACGAUUACCAAAAGGAAAAAAAAAACUUUCUGUUUGUUCCCCAGCCCCCUCCUUUCACUCCCCUGUGUUUGAGAGGACCAGGCGGCUCAGUAACCUCUUAACUCUUGUCAACUUUGUUUGCAUGUAAAUAAAUGCACUUUUUUUCCUCCUCUGA